GCUCUUUAAUUUUUUCCCCCUCCCUAAAAAUCCCCAGAUUGCCACCCCCCGGUAAUUUUUGUUCUCGAACCUUGAAUAAGCACCCGAUACCCCUCUUACUUGGGAAAAAACUGCCGUUGAUAUAUGUAUGCAAAAUAUUACUCUUGCUUUCAACGGCAAAUCGGUGAAAGUUAAUCAGCUGGGUAUUGGCUUGUAGCCAGAUUUUUGGCCACCAUCAUUGGGGAAUUCCCUUUUUUGCUGCAGCUACAGCGCGAGUGGUGAGAAAUCCUUUCUGCGAGUGGGCUGACGUGACAUGAUGCCCAGGAAGGACCAGCUUGCGUACGCGUGCUAGCUGUCAGUGGCUUUCAAGGCAAAACCACACCUACUAAGUGAAUGACACCACGGUGACACCGACAGUGAUUAUGGACCAAAUUUUCGUGGAGUUCAAGUCUCAUUUUGGUUAAAUUUGUUCAGCAGCCGAUCGAUGACACUGUAGUAGGAGUUUGGAGAAUCUGCUGUAUGCAUGAUACGGGUCUGAGCAAUCAGCACCUCAUCAGUGAGCUGUGAUAUGGCAUUUAAUCAGCUUUUCCCAUACAGGGCUUUCAUGAGCCCACGUCGUGACUGGCUUGAUUCGGACUCGGAGGAAGACAAUCUUGUUGAGGUGCUUUGUCGCAGGCAACUUCUAUCUCACAUGCUGAGAAACUCUCUCUGGCCCCAAACGCAUGAAGACUCACCUCAAGAGAGUUCUGCUACUGAUGAUGAUCUUUCCAACCAAGACACUGAUCUUUCACAACAGCUGGCAUGCUACUUCAACAAUACAAAGUUCAGUGAUGUCAAAUUCAAGGUGGGAGAAAACAUCUUCCACGCCCACAAGGUGAUUCUUUGCUCUUGGAGUGAUGCUCUUCGGGAGAUGUUCAUCAAUUGUGGGAGGACAUCGGCACCAGUUAGGCUAGGAGGUCAUAAUGAAGGAGCUAGCAAUGAUUAUCUGUCCGAGGAGAUUACCUUGGAAGAACCCACACAGAACACUCAGGUCUUUGCAGACUUCCUGAAGUUCAUGUACACUGAGACAUUGGAUCUGACCGAGAGAAAUGUGUAUCCACUCUUUGAGCUUGCCAAGAAGUAUAAGGUCCAGGAUCUCUCUGAUGUCUGUCAGACAUUUCUGAUGGAGAAGGUGUCUAAUGACAAAGACGCUGCUCUUAGGAUGAUCAGUAAGGCUGAAAAGAUUGGGAUGACCGAGCUGUAUGAACACUGCUUCAGUGUGCUUGAGAACAAUUUUGAGUUUCUCCCUCGAGCCAGCCUGUUCAACAUCUGCCCCAAAUUGUUCCUAAGGCUUCUUGGAAGCUCAAAGCUGGUAGUACCCUCUGAAGCUAAGGUCUUGGCAUGUGCUUGUGCUUGGUUAAUGAACAAAGAGAACGUUGAGCACAGGACGUACACACAGCAGGUCCUUUCCCUGAUACGGUUUCCUCACACAUCACCAUCAGUACUUAAAGAGACCACUUCAAUGCUAUUUCAAAGUUCAAAGAUAUACCCAGCAUUAAAACAGGCCCUUCAAAGAGUGCUGCCUGGGAUAUAUGAGUGGAAGGUGCUGGCUCCUGACAAUGUCUUCAGUAAACUACCCUACCAUGUCCGGUUUGCUGCUUUCUCACGACACUACACUGAGCUACGUUACUACAUCGGCAGUAGGUACUUGUACAAUCAACUGAAGUUGCAUGCAGUUCACUCCAAGCAACAUCUUCGUCUAGGAGAGGGCAAUGGGGCAAAUGCCAUUACCGUGAAAGUGGUGGGAGUAUCUGCAAACAAUGUCUGUGAAGAGCCACGAGAAGAUACAAAGAACUGGUCACUUCAAGGUGUCACCUUCUACGACAAAAACUCUGAGCAGUGGGGCAUACGGUAUCAUCUUAAACCGAGAUACACUCUUCCAAUUGAGAAUGCAAAAGGAUGCUUAAGGUUUAUAUUACUGACUGUAUUAGAAGGCCAAGAUACGGCCCAUCCUAUUGUUUGUACUUUGGAAGACAAUAUUCCAAACUUCGGGCAGGACCAAAAAUUCACUGUCACCCUCUCUCCACAGCUCCUGAAACUAAAAAAGCAGCCAGUCGAAGUGGAAGUCAGUGUCACCAUCUACAUGAAAUUAAGGUACAGGAAUAUGAGGAAUGUCAGAUUACACAUGCCAGCAGAUAUUGUCAAGAGGCACCAGAAGCAUCAAGGUGAGCAAAAAAUGAAGGAUAAGCCCUGUGGCAACUCAGCAGUGUGACUGCCAGCUUCCAGAAACAAUCUUCCCCAUUUGUUCAAGGCCAAAAUAACAUACGGCUUCUUCCAAGACCUGAAAUGUGAUCCGUACUAGACAAAUGGAGGCUUAAAAUGUUCCAAAAACAUCCAACUGGCAUGACAAAAUUCAAGCCCAAUUUCGAAAGGCCUGGAAACUUGAUAGUAUCCAGGUUUUGGAUCGGUUGGGAGCAGCGGAAGUAGCAAGUCAAUUUUUGCAAGUCCAAGUCAAGUCGCAAAUCAUUUGAGCACAGGCCAAGUCAAGUCACUAGUCAGUUGCUUAAGUUAAAGUAUUUGUAUCCAAGUACAAGUCAAGUUAUGCGAUGUGUGAUUUCACGCCACUGCCAAGUGAUUCAGGCAUGGCCUUGUGGGUAGAAGUUGCAAGCCAAAUAAAGUUUUAUUCUGAUUAUUUUAA